AUGGCACCAGAGGAAGACGAGGCCAAGAUGGAAGCCCGUCUGAAUCGUUUCGCCAUGUACGAACAGCAUUUGAUUAAGUGCUGCCAGGAGGAGCACCAUGAGUUCUUCCAAGACUGGGAGGACGAGGAUGCGGCCAGCGAUGAUGAGGAGGAGCUGGAGUAUAGCAGUCAAAUCAGCAGGAUCUGUCCACCGUUCUAUCCCAACCCGGCCAAGCCUGAGUUGGCGCGUGCUGACAUGACCACAGCCAUACAGAUUGUCAACAUGUAUGUUAGCAAGCUGUGCAGUGAUGGCACUCAGCUAGCACCCACAGUGCAGUACAUCGAGAGCGCCAGCGAGAGCUUUCCGCAGCGGAUGUGCUACGAGUGCGCCCUCAUGCUGCCCGCGUGCUCGGCCUUGCCCAAUCUAAAGAUCACGCGCAUCGGAGAGGGCCAGAGUAGCUCUGCAGUGGUCACGUUCUCUUGGGAAGUUAUCGGUAUGUUUAAUGAACUGGUGGAGCUGCCAUGCCCACACGACGUCUCGCCAAGCGUGCUGCCUGCUUGGAAGUCGUACGCCUGCUGUACAAGCGAAAAGAACUCAAUGAACACCUUCGGCCAGUACUUGCUGAUGACUACCUGGAUGAGGAGGAGUUCGAGGGUGAUGAACUGGAGAUGGUGGACGACGGGCGUGGGAAGAAGUCUCAAGCUGAAGGCACUUGCUCUGAAGAAUCUCAAGCUGAAGGCACUUGCUCUCUACCCGGUCAAGGUGCCACACUGCUUUCAGGCAGCCGAACGCAGCACCGUGCCAAGGAGACGUGACUCUGCAUCCAGUCGCUAUCACCUGUACACAUUUCAAGUAUCGCCGGACAAUGUGGAGCUAAGACGAAAGUACACGUCGCUGUAUGGAAUUGUUCUGCCUGACCAGCAAGCCAAGCACAUGGAGUCGACCAAGUUUCCUCUCUGGCAUCCGUCAGGCCAGAUUGACGUCACCAUUCGGCGCGAGCAAGACGCCGUCAUGCUGACUCCGGAGAAAGAGGUGUUUGUGAGCGAGUUCACACGCUUCGUGUUCGCCGACGGUAUCCGCGUGCCAAGCGAGAAGAGCAGCCUGUAUCCGCACCUGGACUUCCUAUCGUUGGGCCAGGGUGCGCAACCGGGCGACUCGCCAGUGUGGUACGCCGGCCUGGUGAUGUUCACGAUGGGGCAGGACGGGUGCUGUCACGUCGACUGGCCCACUAUGCAGUACGUGUGCGACUACAGCGAGAACUUUCGCUCGCCCUGGUCACCGGCCGUCGUCGACGGGCUGAUCAUGGUGGCGAGCGGGCGCGUCAUCGAGAAGGCCUGGGAGAGCUGCAGCGGUUACGGCGGGAGGGACAUGGAAGAGAGAGGCAGGCUGGAGGUUCUAGGCUUAUGUUCUGGAGAAUCAGCCAACACCAGCUGUGGUCGAAUGACAUUUGCAGAGCUUGACGCGAAUCGCGGGUACCCGCCACUUAAGCACCCCGAGCUGCCGUUGAUGGAGGUAUGCAGGACUGACUUUCGCUGGGAUUUCAUUGGUUCAAAGGUCGGUGUGCAGAGUUCCACCACUGUCCGGCCUGCUAGAGUACCGAGACUAGUGUCCAAGAAAGUGAUGGCAGAACACUGCAAGCUACACGUUCUGACCAGUCAACAGAUGCACUCGGCAAGUCUGCUUCCGUCAUUGCUCAUUCGUUUGUUUCAUCAGCAGCAAGCUAAGGAGUUGCACUCAGCUCUCUGUUCCAGUAUGGCUGUGCAAGCACAGGAUCAGCUCAGGAGAGACGCAUCCUUCCUAGUCUCUGAGGCUGCAGAGGAGUCCGUCAUGCCUACUAGCAACAGCAGCAGCAGCAGCAGCAGCACUAACCGUGGCAACUCCUCUGCUAUUUGCUAUGGCAGCAUGACGGGUGGAAAGCAGCUGAAUGGGAUGACCAAAGUGUUCCCCGGCGUGUCUCACGUCUUUGAGUCCCUCUCCCGGACAGCCUGCCGCUACCAGGUCAACCUUGAACGGCUGGAAAUGCUCGGCGACUCCUUUCUGAAGCUGGCCACCUCCGUCUAUCUGUACUGCCAUCCGAAGAUGAUCACGGCGAGCGAGGGUUCGCUUUCGGACUUUCGGCGGCGGAUGAUCUCCAACGCUACGCUGUACAAAUGCUGCCGACUGCGCGGGCUCGCUCCCUACAUCUUUAAGCCGUGUACCCAUGUCAAGCAAGGCUUCAUUCCACCGCUGUGCCGCGUCAAUGACUUGCCCGUUCAUCAUUCAUCACUGUCAUCUCCACCCACCGCUAAGCGAAGCUCUCCCAGCAGGGACGGGGAUGAGCAGCCCGGCACCAACACCAUCCAUUUGAAUCCCCUGAAGGUCAAACACCUGGCGGACACAGUCGAGGCUUUGAUUGGUGCUUUCCUCCUGUGCGGCGGCAACGACGCAGCCCGUCAUUUCAUGGUGUGGUGUGGCAUACCGCAUCGCAGAAUGAAGGACAAGAAAUCAUCGGCAAAGGAGCCGAUGCCAAUGGCCGUCACGCCACCAGCUGCCCCGCCUACCGAUGAAGCUACUAGUACGGCUGUUUCACUCGCAGCCAUCACGCCUUCUCAUAGCACUACUUCUCCGCGACGUGCGGCCGCGCCAAAGGUUGUCUUGGCAGCCGACUUUGCAUCUGGCCGUCAGCGAGCUGCAGCUGAUGCUGCGGAUCAUGACUCUACUUCUGUGCCAGGGCGUGUUUGUAGGCUGGCCUCACCCACAGCACGGGGUAUGCUGGUCUCGCCCACGGCAACAGCACCCGGCGCGAACAAACCGUUCUUCAUGGACACGACGUUAGCUGCCGCCUGUCUGCCGCCUCCCAGCACCCUGGACAAGUACAAGAAGAUCAAUGCGCUGUUCCUGCAGCCCACGCUGCCCAAGUCUCCCGGGGACCAGUUCAACUCGGUGCGAAAUGACACCGACACACCGCUGCUCAAGGACAUCAAUGCAUUUCUGCCAGCGCUGGAUGAGCUACAGCAGUUACUACAGUACGAGUUCCGGGAUUUGUCUUGGUUGCUGGAAGCUAUCACGCAUCCAUCGUACGACCAGCACGAUAGCUGUGUCUUUGUCCGCUCCUAUCAGCAGCUGGAGUUCCUCGGCGACGCUAUCCUGGACUAUCUAGUGGUGCGACAUAUCUAUGAUAGCUGCAGCUCCGACCUUGGCCCUGGUGAUCUGGCGCUAAUUCUUCACUCGGUGACGUGCAACGCCAAGCUAGCGGAAAUCGCCGUGGACAAGAAACUCCAGAAGUACCUGCGUCAUGGCAGCCCGGCGCUGUUUCGUGCCAUCAACGCCUUCGUCGAGGAUUACUUGAAACGCACAGGUGCCGAUGGCGAAGACAUGGAUGCCGGUGUUGAGAGGAACUUCUUGCACAUGAGUGCCGAUGGUGACCAGCAAGGUCUGGAGUGGCUGGAUAUCGACCAGGACUCUGACGAUGAUGAGGAUAGCACUGCUGGCCAGUCCCAGGGUGACGACGACAACUCUGCAGGCGGCUCGACAUCAGAGGUGUCUGAUGACACAGAGACGGCUGCUCCAGAGGUAGCUGUCCCAAAGGCACUUGGCGAUCUGAUCGAGUCUCUGACCGCUGCAGUGUUUGUUGACUGCAACAUGGAUCUGGACAAGACCUGGAAUGUCCUCUACCCCAUCAUGAAGCCGGCAAUCGAUGAUGCAGUUCAGAAAGCUAGAGACGGCACAUUGAAAAGCCCCAUCAUGCUGCUGUACGAACGGUUUGGCCUUGGUGUGUCAUUCACUCCGGAGUACACAGGACGUAGAGUUCGCAUGACCUGCACAGUCGAGCUGAAGACUGGCCCGUCGGUGAGUUUCUGCGUGGUGGCUGAGGGCAAGUACACGGCAAAGAUAGCCUGCGCCAGGAAAGCCAUGGAGCAUUUCAGGCAGGUGGCGAACGCUGAGACUGCGAGUGGCAUGGAGGACGGGCGCUCCGAGGAGUGACCUCAACGUGCCAAUGUGCGUUGUCGGUGAGUGGAGCGUUGGGUUACGUUGCGUUCUGGCUCGACUGGCCGCGUUCACCGAAACCAACGCAUGUUCACAUGUACACACACACACGCACGCACGCACGUGUACCAACAGACGUGUGCCUCACAAGAAACCUGUUGUUGCACUUCUCUCCUCCAAGACGGAGGUUGUCAGCACCAGCCCACAAGCAAGAUAGCUGCUAAACAAUCUCCUCAAACUUCAUGAACGCCUUCUCCACUUGACCUGAAACUUCAUGAGUGCCACCGUCUACAUCUGUUUAGCCUUUUUAUUCUACUUCUUAGUACAUCCUGCUGCGGGUCAGAUGGAGAUGUUAGCAUGUGAGCGUAUGUAGAGCCAUGUAGUGCAUUGAAUAUGGUGUGCGUUCCGCUUGAAUCAUCUUCACCUUCAUCUUGCAAUGUCAACUUGCCCAGUCUUCUUUCUUCUUUGGAAGACAUGGCAUAUAUGGUGACAGGAUUUCGGUAUAUUUGCUCUUCUACUUGUACAUUUGCUUAGAAUGUUGCCCUUUUCUUUUUUUGGAAGAAGUUUUUAAUUGUGUGCAUAGAUGAUGGUUGGAUUCAUUUCUUUUCAUACUAAGACCAUUUUUAUUUUACUCCUCUCAAAGCCGGUAAGAUCAGUCCAACACUGUGAAACAAGUCGACCGAUGCUCUUUUUAGAAAUGUUUUCUACUCAUUUUUUCUAACAUGACAAUCAUGUCGAAACUGCCCAAAACGGCUUGCCACGUUCUAUUAUCAAUUUUUUUCAUUUUGAAAGCUUUUGUUGAAUGAUUUCCGCCAGCUUCUUGGUUCAUCAGCACAGAAUACCAUUAUUUGAUUGGUCAUAAAUUUAUUCAGAAAAUAGAAUCAAACAUAAAUUUCUGAAGCCUA